UGACACUGUUCUUCCUUCCAUGCCUCUAACCGUUGUUGGAUACGUCACUAGUGCCACUCCAACUAAAGACACUCACUCGCAGCAUCACAGCAGUGCCUUUCUCAUAACGGUAACGGUCAUCGCCAUUGCGGUUACCGUCUUCUUCGCUCUCUACUUCCUCCUCCGUGAUCUCAGCCGUUACUUCCGCCGUCAAGCUCAUCAAAUUAGCGUACGCACAUCAUCUGCGGUCUUCCCCUCCGGUGCUCGCAGCCGAGUAUCACCAGAGAUCGCUGCGCCUUCCACUGUUGACUCCCUCCCGCUGUUUACGUUCUCUUCUGUUACACGCCGCUCUUCCUCCGUCGUAGACGGUGGUGGAGGAGACUGCGCCGUUUGCCUCUCCAGAUUCGAGCAACGCGACCUUCUUCGUCUCCUUCCUCUCUGCUGCCACGCGUUCCAUGCCGAAUGCAUUGACGUCUGGCUCCGAACGAAUCUCACCUGUCCGCUCUGCCGAUCCGCAGUGUUUUCUUCGGAAUCCGACGUUGGGAAGAUUCUCCGGUCAUCGUCAUCUGCCGUCGGCGAAAGCUUCCGCCUCGAGAUAGGUAGCAUCAGUCUCCGUGGAACCACGUCAUCCGCCGCCGAAGAAUCGCGCAUGAGGACAUAUUCGGUUGGCGAGUUCGAUUACCUCGUUGACGAGGACGCUGAGAUUUCUUACAGCCAGGCUCGCCGGAGAACCGAUUCCGGCGAGAAAGAUGAUGCUGAGCCGGUGGAAUCAUCGGCACCGAGCUUGGCCAGCGAGGUAGGCAGCAGAUGGAGCUGGAAGGAUUAUUAUGAUUUGGUUUCAGCUUCGUUUACGCCAACGGCGUCUUUUCGAAGCUCCGGAAGGUUCUUCACUGGGAGUAGCAGGCGAAACGACGUCGUUGCAAUUGGUGAUGAUGAAAGGGAAGCCAACCGUUUUGGGGAAGAAAUCAGCGAAGUCUUUCGAUGGCUUUCAAUGGCAUAAUAUGUAGAUAAUGGCAAUUAUCGGGGAUGAUUUUAGCUUUUCACAUUGAUCUUAGAAGGUAUUCUUCUUUUACUUUUUCCAGUCAUAUAG